CCACAUGGCGCCCAAACUGUCGCACAUUUUCCCCGAAUCCUGCAUGCUGAUCGUCCUCGGAGUCUUCAUCGGCCUCCUGCUCUUCUACACCAACGCGGCCUCCGUGUCUCCUCUCACCGCCGAUGUCUUCUUCUUGUACAUGCUUCCUCCCAUUAUUUUGGAUGCUGGGUACUUCAUGCCUAACCGUCUCUUCUUCGAUCACCUGGGUACCAUUCUCGUCUUUGCCGUCGUGGGUACCAUCUGGAACUGCUUGACCAUUGGUAUUUCCAUGUACGCAGUGAACCUCACAGGCCUCUUCGGCGUCGACGUGCCCAUGCUGCACAUGUUCCUCUUCGCCGCCCUCAUAUCGGCCGUGGACCCCGUCGCCGUGCUGGCCGUGUUCGAGGAAAUCCACGUCGAGGAAGUGCUCUACAUCCUCGUGUUUGGCGAGUCCUUGCUCAACGACGGUGUGACUGUGGUGCUCUACCACAUGUUCGAGGCCUUUGGAGAGAUCGGCGAAGAAAACGUGCAGGUGGUGGACAUCCUGAGUGGCAUCGCGUCCUUCCUCCUGGUGUGUCUCGGGGGCGUCGCCAUAGGGAUUAUCUGGGGAUUCCUCACGGCCUUCGUCACCAGGUUCACGAACCAAGUCCGCGUGAUUGAACCCAUCUUCGUGUUCGUCAUGUCGUACUUGGCCUACCUCAACGCUGAGAUCUUCCACUUGUCUGGAAUUUUGGCCAUCACGUUCUGCGGUAUCACGAUGAAAAAUUACGUCGAGCAGAACAUUUCGACCAAGUCCCACACGACCAUCAAAUACGCCAUGAAGAUGUUGGCGUCAUCUUCCGAGACCAUCAUCUUCAUGUUCCUUGGCGUGUCGACCGUCCAGUACCACCACGACUGGAAUACGUGGUUUGUUGUUAUGACCAUCCUCUUCUGCAGCGUCUACAGGACACUUGGAACCUUGAUCUUCUCCUCGAUAUGCAACCGCUUCCGUGUCAAGAAGAUCUCCUUCACCGACAAGUUCGUCAUCUCGUACGGCGGCCUGCGAGGAGCCGUGGCCUUCGCCCUCGUCCUCACCAUCAACUCGCACCACAUCCCCUUCCAGCCCAUGUUCCUCACGGCCACCAUCGCCAUGGUUCUACUUCACCGUGGCAUCACCAUCAAGCCGCUCGUGCAGAUGCUGGGCGUCAAGAGAGCAGAGAAGCGAACCCUCACCAUGAACGAGAGACUCCACGAGAGGUCGAUGGAUUACAUCAUGGCGGGCAUCGAGGACCUGAUGGGCAAGCACGGAAACUUCAUGUUGAGAGACAAGUUCAAGCGGUUCAACAACAAGUACAUCACGCCCUUCCUGGUUCGCGAACAGAACAUCUUCGAGCCCAAGAUCCUGGAGACUUACAGCCAGAUCAAGAUGCAGGAGGCCAUGGAAAACAUGUCGAACAGCAACUCCACGAACAACAUCGAAUCUUUCACUGCUCUUCUCAGGAAUGCAGUUGCCAGCCAACAGUUCCACGUGAAGAACGCCGGAGAAUGGAACCUGGACGUGGCUGAGCUCGACUACAACCCCAACAUCAGGGACCUCAACGAAGCCAAGUUCCACCACGUUCUGUCCGAAGAAUACAAGCCGAUCAAGAGACACCGCGGAAGCACCUACAAGAGACACGCAGUGAAGGACGACGACGUGAGAACGCAGACGGACGUGAACCACCACAACAUGUACCUCCACACGAGGCAGUUCGUCAGCACCAUCAACAGGGCGACCAGGAAGCCAAGGAAGCCACAGCAGAACGGCGUGGUGAAGACCCCGAAGACGGUGGAGGAGACGCGGGCCGCCUACCAGCAGAACGGGUCCGCCAUCAAGCUGAAAAAUGACUACAUAGGCGAGGUUCUCCGAGACAACCCAGCGUAUGAGGACACUGAGAUGGAUGGGUCUUUCGGCUACAGACAAGGAGAACCGAGCCCCAGGAAGCGAGUGUCAACAAGCGGUCCAACCGUCGCCGAAACCGCCCUCCCUUGGAAGCGAUACACGGAUGAGGACGCACCAACAAGCGCCAGAAAGCUUCAGCGAACUGUUAGCCUCAAGCCAGAAGAAGAAGACAGCAGCACACCAGCCAUGGCCGAGGUCCUGCUGCCCUGGAAACGACCAGAAGACGAGGUGAUGUGCGACAAGCCCCUGCGCCAGUCUGAGUUCCCCGCCUGGGCCUCCAACAAGGAAUACGUCGGUUACUAUUCGCCUUCCAAUACUUUCCUGGGCGGAAUCGGAAUCAAGGACCACCGCCCCAACAUCCGGGACAUCUUUGGCAGACGCAGCAGCAGCACCUCCCUCGGUUCGCGCCGCGGUUCCGUCAAGGAGACUCCCUCCCCCUUGGCCACCCCAACUCACCAGCCGGACGUCCAGCAGGCGGUGCGUCGGCGGUCGUCGACGGGCGACAACUCCCUCCUGAACACGACCAUCACCGAGGAGGACGCGAGGCGCGACCACGUCAUCGAAAUGGACCCCGACGGCGGCACCCAGGACACUAAGAUGUAGCCUUGAGGACCUCUAGUGAUUUACAAUAUAAAAAAUAUUUUAGCUGUAGUAACCAUUCUAAUUGUAGAUCAACGUUAACUGGUGGUAUUAUUAUUAUUAUUACUGUACGAGUGCUCUUGUACUGCUAGAGUCGUGGUGCUGUAAGGAAACGGAGAGAACUGCCUGUGAUCGCUCAGCUGUUGGCGUCAUGGAUCAGGGGAUUCUCAUGACGGUGAAAUCCAUAUUCAAGCGUGAAAGUGUGAGUGGAAAAUGCAUUCGAUGGAUUAUCUGUGUGCCAUUUUUCCCCGCCAGACUUUUUUUUAAAGAGGAAAAGAUGAGAUUUCUCAUUGUUAGUGAGAUGACAUUAUUUUAUAGUAAGAGUUUAUAAAGUUCUUAUUGUAUAAGAAGUUCUUAUUGUUUAUAUAUAUAUACAAAUAUGUUAUAUCUGGUCCGGUGAUUUUGUCAUGUGAAUUGUGUUGACGUGAAAUGUUAGAUAUAAGAAACUAUACUAUGAUAGUAAUUAAUUAUUUUAAUAUCUUACUUACAACAAGAAUAAAAGCAGCUUUUGUCGUGUGAUACAGAACUGUGGUACAUGUGAUGCAGUUCUGAUCGCAUUUAUGAGCAUUAUUUUCCACACUUCCGUGAAUGAUUCGAUGUGUAAUGAACAUUCACAUAAGGAAAUUAUCUGAUAGUUUUUACAGUGAAAGCUUUCUAGCAUUAUAUAAUUAUAAAGUGUGUAGCCCAUUCCAAAGGAAAAACGAUAUAUCCUUCCGUCCAAAAUUACUAAAACCCUUUUACAUCUAUAGUGAGAAAAUGAUAUAUGUGGUAACAUGAUCCAAUCAUAGAUACCGUACAGUGAACACACAAAAUCGAGACGUCCAUCUCUCACUGUUCAAAAAACGACUUUUAUCAAAAUGGGUCCAUUGGCUACCGCUUAAUUUGUAAUUGUACAGGUUGGAUCAGUUUAUAUGCGUUGUGAUGUUAUCAACUGUCAUGUUUAGAUUUACUGAACAAGCUCAUUAAAAACGACGCCACUAAUGUUAUUUUUAGGGAAACCCAUAUUAUAUGAAACCUACUCCAGAA